AUGGACAACUGUGUCAAGUCUCCACUGGUCUGUCUCUCAAGGAAGAUGUGCCAAGAGGAGACCAGCUACACAGUGGUACAGAUGAGUGAGGAGGGGCUGGCAGCCAGUGGUGAGUUUCCCAGGCCCCUCCUGAUGCUGGCUCAGAACUCUGUGGUCAUGCACAACCUGCUGGACCCAGCCUUCAUCGUCCUGCAUAAGGGUUUCACAGAGAACAGGCAGCCUGACAGAUCUCUGUGGCUAGAGGAGAUUGAAGAGCUCAGGGAGGCCAUCAGAAAAUUUGACAAGGACGAAGAUAGCUACAUCAACUGCCAGGACCUGGGUAACUGCGUGAGCACCACUGGUUACAUGCCCACCGAGAUGGAGCCCAUUGAGCUGUCUCAGCAGAUCAGUAUGAACCUGGGUGACCACGUGGAUUUUGAUGACUUUGUGGAGCUAAUGGGACCUAAACUCCUGGCAGAGACAGUAGAUAUGAUUGGAGUAAAGGAACUGUGAGAUGCCUUCCGAGAGUUUGACACCAAUGGCGACAGGGAGAUAACCACCAGUGAGUUACGAGAAGCCAUGAUGAAACUCCUGGGUCAUCAGGUGGGACACCAAGACAUAGAGGAAAUUAUCCGAGUUGUGGACCUCAAUGAGACUGUGGAGCAACUGGAGUUCUCAUUGAUUCCUAGAGGGCAUGCAAAAAGCUACAGCCACCUUUGGAAGACAGUUUGCAGUUUCUAA